ACAAGCUGGAUUCUGAUUGGCUGUUUUAGUGGACACUGUGGGCGUUCCUUUAUUUCUCGUCUUAUAACGCUCAGUGUAAAUCCCGGGAACUCUACCGACAUCCAAACACGCUGGAAAACGUGUACUAUGAAGAGAAUAUAUUGUGCUUUAUUUAUAAUUGUUUUCAAUCAUCAAGUUUGCGCAGCGACGGACACGAAGCCCAGUAAAGGUUAGUCAAAUCCUUUUCCAGAUCAUCAUGCUACAGGUAAAUGUUAAACCCAGAUUUGAUAGAAUUCUAUUUGUCCGGUUUUCCUCUUCAGGUCGCGCGCGCUAUUCUAUUCCUAGUGGUUUCUCCAACAACAAUGGGCGCUUUGAAUUUGAGAUAACCGUAGUGGAACGGGUGAGUCGCAAUGGAAGACGUCUUUCUCCUCAUAAACAUUUUAUAAAAUAUGAGCACAGUGGUGUUAGGACAGGGACCGUGUUUUAUAGGCUGGUGGCUUUUGGGCGCACCUUUCUAUUUCGCCUUGACAGGGAUAAUAGUCAUUUGUCACCUUUGCUCAACGUGGAACACGUCUACGACCGUACGCGCAGACUGUCUUUUGCUGGGGAUUUGCGGCAUUGCUUUUAUCGUGGAGAUUUACAAGGAGAUCUCAAUUCUACAGCCGUGUUAAAUUUGUGCAAUGGGCUGGUAAGUUAACAUACUUCUAUGUUUUAUAAAUUAAUUAUUGUUCUCUUGGUUCUGAAACUGCACGGUACAAGUUAUGUUGCUUGCACGCGGUAUACAUCAUUCAACGAUUUAUUUUGCUCAGUAUUGCCGCGAUGUAAUUUCAAUUCUAUUUUCUCCAAUUUCAUGUGGUCUCGUUGUUUUGAUGAAAACAAUUGGUAAAAUAAUCAUUAUCAGGCGCCAUAACAUUGUAAUUAUUUACUCAAGUAACGUAGCCUGAACAUUGCAACCAACGGGGUAUAAAUUUUACCGGAAGCGAUCGGAUGCGGCAAAUGACCCCCUGGUAAUCAAUACGAAAGAUUCCUCACGACUCAGGCACCACGCGAAAUAUCACUUCAGACUCCUCAUACACUUGUCAAAGCAGCGUCAAAGUUUCCCUUCAUGUUUGGCUACUGCUGGUGGCAAAUCAUUUAAUUAGCUUAUAAAUCCUGAGUAGUUACUUCCUAUUUGAUGCCAGUAGUGGCAAACACCUUUCCAACCUGGGCCACCGGUGAAAAAGUUGGUUACGCUGUGCGCACAAGAGAGGCAACUGUAGCUUUAUUUUAUUGCUCUCUCGUCUGACGUUUGCAUAAUAUUUUACCUGUGUUUUAUAGCGAGGUUCCUUUGUCACAAGCGGCGAGCGUUAUUUCAUAGAGCCUACCAAAGAGCAGGACACUAAUGCAAGUACACAAUUCAGGAAAUUCCAUAUCAUAUUUCGUCAUCCAACGGAAAGAAACAGCCUUAGCAACGGACUCGCAACCUGUGCUUUAAAAGGUAAGCCUGUUUGUUACGUCACAUUCACACCAUCUUACACAAGUACGUGCGCGCCCUUUAAAAACGGCGCAAAAAAUCUGCCGCAAGCUUUUGAUUUUGCUGCUCUUAUCCAGAAAGUCUUUCCCCUAAAACGGCGCGCGGUUAUCUACAUAAAUUAUACUGACAAUGGCCUUUUUCAUUCACAUAGUCUGGACUCAAGCACCACCAUAUCAGAUGGGCUCGGCUUCAGUGUAAAAGAAAAAUAAAUACGUUUUUAAAAUAACCAAGAUAACUGGCUAACUGUUUGUUGUAUGGAUGACAUUAUCAAAACAAAGAUUUAAGCGCCGUUUACGAUGAGUCGUUCGCUGUUUAUAGUGAAUGCAGGAAAUCACGGUUUAUUUUAGAAAAACUGUUUUGCACAUCUCCCCACUGCUUGCUGGGCAAAUUUUGUGGAUUCGUGCAUGCGCGGGACAGUGCGUGACAGGAGAGAGAUGCACGUGAUCUUACUUAUCGUGAACCGAUGGCCUUGCUCACGAUCAUGUGAAGUAAGUGUCGUAAAACAUACACAUGAAGGAGAAAAUUCCCCUCCGAUUCUAUCAUCCAAUUUGCCUUAUUAGUUUUGUUAGAUUCUUAACCGUCUGAAACCAAGCUUAAAAUUUUAUCGCCCUUGUUUAUAUUCCGGUGUGCCACGGGGCUUUCUUUCUGUUCUUUGCGAAAGGAAGAAAAACGUUUCCAAAAACAAGAUUGUUUAUUGAACCCUCUUUGGUCUUUCUCAUUAAUUUUUAAGCCCUGACACGAAAAGAUUUUAUCAAUCUGCCUUGAACAUACGAGGUCACUGUCUAGCUCAAAGGUGACACAUGCUUCAGAUUUUCGAAAUUCGUGUUUUCUUUUUGACCAAAAUAAUGUUUUUGUUCUUAAACACACGCGGGGUUUUUAAUGUUGCAUCUAAAAUGCUGUCAACGCUUUUCUUUACCUUUUUUUCUGAGCCCAAGAUUUAGGAGAAAAAGUCAAGACAACAGGCUUCCUAAGGCUAUCUUUUCGCUCUUUUAUAGGUACGAAAGGGAAUUUCGCGCGCCUAUGAAUCGUUUUGUAGCUGGAAUUAAAUCACCAUUCCCAACGUAAUAGUCAAUGACAAAUUACUGUUUUCCUCAAAACAGACAAACUGGAAAACUGAAUUUUGCCAAAAUUUACCGACGCAGACGUGUUUCCAUCACCACGCAAUGUUUUCGAGAAAAACUGUCAGUCAUUUCACAGGACAGUCAAUUACGGAAACCGCGGAUUCGUUACACAUUUCAACAAGGUAAAUUUUUUCGUGAUCGAUUUUAAAUGACAGCGAUCAAAUGCCUUGAUGUAAGCGAUAUCCUCUUUUACCAGUCUUCUUGAUCUAAUUGUAUUACUCUCACUAGGCGACUCUUUUUUGUGUAUUAGCGAAAAAGAAAUCUAACAAAGAACCUUACCUCUGGCAAUGCUGGAGUCACAGCACGAAAACAGUCUCGUGUGGUAGCUUUUGGUAUCAAAGUUAAGUCCUCAUACUUUUGCACAGGCAUUUUACCAAACAAACUGUUUCACCAAAAAGAAAUUUAGCUCUUACUCAGGGCUCAAACUAUUCGUACGUAGAAAAAAAGUUUGAGAGAAAGUUGGGAAAGAAUGCACUGGAAUUUUUAAUGUCACGUAACAUGUCACGCAAUGAAAGCCAAACUUGUGGGGUGUUACUCAAACAAAAGUGGCUAAACGUGAUUCAGUUUCAGCAGAUUUUUGAGGUACUAUUUAUUAUCCUUGCGCCAAAAUCUAGUGAUCGCACAGCACCACUGGGCGUACAGUUAUGAGGUUGUAAUGUUUGGUUCUGUGGAUAAAAUGGAAUGACGACCAUGGUAUUAAAGCAGUACCAGACAACGGUACUGUUUCGUUUUCUUUUAUCUAUUCUCUAAUUAGUUAUCGCCACGAGGCACGCAGCCAACGUACAUUGUGUACUAACACAGUUAUUCUCACUUCGACACUAGACAAGUGUCUCUAUCAAGCUGUUCUAUAUCUUCUCACGACGCCAGAACACAAACCGAUCCUUUACAAAUCUCUUACUGAUGUUUUCUCUCGUAAUCUUGCGGUUUACAGAUACUAACAAACCCCUGCCACUGCUAAGAGGCCGACACAACCAUCACGCCAAUAGGAGUAGAGAAGGGACAAGAAAGAGACGGUCGACCGAUGAAAGUUUUGUAGAAACAUUGGUUGUAGCUGACAGGACGAUGGUUGACGCAUUUAAAAGCAAGGCUGACUUGCAAGCUUACAUUCUUACUCUCAUGGGUGUGGUAAGGUCUCUUAGAAAACUUCUAAAUCCUACAGGACAGAAUAAAAUGGAACAGCAUGCCUUCAUCCCCCCGAAAAUCAAGCAUGUAGCCUUCAAACGCGCCAUGAUUUUCCCAUCCUUGAUUUUAGGGGUGUCAGCGGGGUCUACAUUUUUCCGUCCAUUUUGUACAGCAUUGUAGUUUUCCCUAGCAACAGAAGCAAAGUUGUCCUUAAAUUUAUGUUGCAAACAGCUUAGAAUGAAGCACAAACACAAGUACAAACAGAAGAGGAUUAAUUGUUCCUUUUCUUGGGCUUGUGUCGGCGUCCCUCUUUUUACUUUGCACAAGACUCUUGUGUUUGGAAUUGUGCUUGCUUCACCUUCUUGUCUCAAUGGGAAAAGGCCGUCUUGUGUCGGCGCUGGUUUUCAUUUGACACAACACCCUUAUUUUCGGGACUUGUGCUUGUUUUAUGCUUUCCAUAGUAGGGAAAAACAGUGUUGGCGUUCAGUUUCCGGCGCUGGACAUAAGACCCAUGUACGUCUUUUAACUUGUGCUUGAGUUCUGUCUGUCUCAAUAGUAAAAAAACUUGCUUAAUUAUGUUUAGAUGGAAUCCAUCAGGAAAUUGAAUAAUUUGAAUUUUCAGUGGACAAAAACCUUGUACCAGAAUAAUUCAACAAUAUGGCAUUCUUUUUUUUUCAUUUUUCAAGGGCUAUAGACAUAAUAAGUUAUCUGUAACAUAAACACCAAAGACUAUUUCUCAUGGGAGCCCGAGAAAAUAAAUGUCAAAUUUCACAAGAAUUUUGAAAACACAAGUAAAAUUCUGAAAAUUUCAUGUGUAAGGUGUCAUUUGUGAAAAUUUGACGUUUAUUUUCUCGGCCUCGAUCUCAUAAGAAAUUUUCUUUGGUGUUAUUACAGAUAGCGAAUUACAUCUAUAGCCCUUAAAAAAUGUAAAAAAGAAUGUGAUAUUGUUUAAAUUAUUCUGGUAUAAGGUUUUUGUCCACUGAAAAUUGAAAUCACUCAAUUCCCUGAUGGAUUCCGUCUUAACCCCCUGUGUUUAGCAAACCCGAGUAUCCUUUAUUCGAACUACUACCCAAAUGGUGACCCAAAAAAUCCAAAAAAGCAUGUUUUACCUUGAGCAUUCAGAAAAGUUCAAUUGAUCAUAAUCGUCUUGGUAUGUCCGCUGGGAGAUUUAUGUUAAUUUAAACAACAAGAUCACGUCUCGGAAUCAGAUCAAAUCCUGGCUGGUACGCCGUGCAUACGGCUUCACUGAUCAAGCUGUAACACACGAUGGCUAUCAACAGCCAGCAACCGCAUAUUAACGACACGUACAUUUCAAACUUGCGAACCAAGAAAUUCUCUGUGGCCUGUGUGUCGCUUCGUGAGGAGUUCACGUGACGACGAUAGUCUCGUCCUUGAGAUGUCGCACGGUGGGGUAGUAGUUUAAACGCCUGUUUUGUCCACCGAAAGCCGUCAUGUCCGUCUGGGUUUUUAGCAUUUAACAAGUAGAAAACCAUUAUGCCAUUGUGUAGGCUCCUACAGCCAAAGAAGUGACGUCGGUUUCGGGAAAAAAAAAUGUCAUUUUCCCUCAUUCCUCUUUGUUUAAAGGUAUCUCAGGUGUAUCGAGACAGAAGUAUUGGUAAUUCCAUUAACAUUGUCGUGGUAAAGAUUGCCUUACUGGAAUCUAAUCAGGUAGGAACGAAAUUGAAGUGGAAGAAUCAGUGGAUACUAUUCUGCGUAAAACAGGACCUUGGUUUUUAAAAAUUGGAGUGUAUAUAUUGUCAAUUUGGUAAGGGAGCAUAACCGGUUGAGAUUUAUUAUUAGCUUGCGUGUUCUCCAGACUGUUUUACGUACAUUUGCUGUGCACGUGGUACAUAUGAGAAAAAGUUGGUGAACAAUCUGUUUCCGGAUUCUUUCCUUCAUGCUUUUACUUAUCACUGUUUUGUGAGUAGUAUAGGAAAUGCUGCCAUCUGUCUCACCUCAAAUUAUUUCUGACUCACCUCGCAACGUCGAAACUAAUUGUUCACUCAUUUCGCAAAUCUCAUUCGUUUCGUUCAAUUCACUCGCUAUCGCUCGUUCAUUUUCACUCAACUCAUUCGAAAUGCUCCAUUCGAUUCACAAUUAGUUUCUCUGAUUGCUCGGAGAUCCAGAAAUAAUUUGAGGUGAGACAGAUGUCAGCAUUUCCUAUACUACACUAUAAUUAACAAGUAAAUAGAUUAAUUAUGUUGAAUCAGAAAAUAAAAAUUGAUUUAAAGAAAUAAAAUAAAUAAAAUAAAUAAAAUAACAAUGGGUUACAAAUCAAAAAGUAAACAAAUAAAUAAUAAUUUUAAAAUUCGAGGAUUAAUAUUUGAUAGUGAAGAAGAUUAUAUUAUAUUUAAAAAUAUUGAUAAAAAUAUUUAUCAAACAGUUAAAUCAGUUAAUGAUGGAAUAAUUGAUUUAAAAGAUGUUUUUAAUAAUGUUAAAAAAAUUAAUGUAAAAGAAACUUAUUAUGAUGCAGGUGAUGAGUUGGAUGUAAUAUUUAUAAAUGCAACAAGUUUAUUAAUGUAUGAAGGCACAAGAUUUGAAAAUGAUUAUAAAGUUGGUUGUUGUUUUUUCGAUAAGAUUAAUGUAAUAGAAUAUUGUGAUAGUGAUAGUGAUAGUGAAUAAGUAAAAAAAUAUUUAUUUUAUAACAUUUUUUUGUUAUAAAAUUAAUCUUUAUUUAAAAAAUAAUACAAACAACUAAUAAAAUGUAUUGUCAUUGUAGAGAUGAAUAUGAUUGGUUGAUGAAAAUGUUAGAAAAAGGUAAUUGUUUUAGUGAUUAUGAAUAUUUAAAUAAUUUUAUUGAUGAUGAUUUAUUAAAAUUACGUUAUAUGAAAAAAAGAUUUGGUUAUUUAUUUUAUGAUAAUGGUAAAUAUAUAAAAAAAAUUGAUGGACGUAAUUCUAUUUUUGUUAAUAAAGAACAUCAAUAUGUUUGUCGUAAACCUGAAGAACCAACUUAUCAUGGAAUUGAUGAAAAUGAAUCACCAUUUAGUAAUAAUUAUUUUAUUAAUGUCACCGUACCUAUGACAGAUACAGAGCGUUAUGAAAUUAAGUAUUUAGAUGAAAUAGAUAGAGGAGAUCCUUUUAUUACUAGUGAUGAAAAAUAUCAAGAUAAAUGUGUAAAAGAAACUAAAAAUAUUCUUAAAAAAAUUAAAUUGGUUAAACCUGAAAUAUAUAAUAGUGAUGAAUUUUAUGAAGUUUUAUAUUCAAAAAAAUUUGAUGAAAUUGAAGUUGAAAAAGAUAUUAAAAAAAUUUAUCAACAGGUAAAGAAAUAUGUAUUAGAUGAAAUUGAAGUUGAAGAAAUAUGUAUUAGAUGAAAUAAAAAUAGAUGAAAAAGUAGAUAAAAUAAUAAGAAUAUGAAAUAUAAUUAGUAUAACUAUUAAAUAAAAAAAUGGAUGAAAUCGAAACUACUUCUACAAAAGAGGAUAAAGAUUUUGUAGCUGAUGAUGUAAAUCAAGAAAAAUAUGUUCUUACAGGAGCAGAAUUUAAAAAAUUAAUCAAAAAUGCUAAGAAUCUUGGUGCUGAAUCUCUUGAGUAUUCACCUCGUAAAAAUAAUAAAUACAUGGUUAAACUUCCAGGUGGAAAGAAAGUACAUUUUGGAUCAUCUAAAUAUGAAGAUUAUACUAUUCACAAAGAUAAAGAGCGAAGAGAUAAAUAUCUAUCUCGUGCUAUGAAGAUUAAAAAUAAACAGGGUGAGUUAACUUAUAAUAAUCCAGAAUCUAGUAAUUAUUGGUCAGUUCAUUUACUUUGGCCUAAAAAAUAAAAUUAAUAUUAAUAUAAAGAUUAAAUAAAAUAUUAAUAAAAUGCAAUUGUCAAGUUAUCAAAAAAAUAUUAAAGAAAAUAUUAUCUUUAAUAAAAUCAAAGAGUACAAAGUAAAAGAUAGCAAUAUUAAAUACAAACGUAUUCCAAUUGAAGUAAGAUAUUCAAAUAGUCAAAAAGGACCACUUGUAGUUGAAACUCCAUUUCUUUUUAGUUUUGGUGUCAGCGAAAAUAAAAAUCAAAAAACAGGUAAAUUGGUUGGUUAUAGUAUCCCAGUAUGUCUUUGGAAAAAAGAUAGUAAACCUAAUGAUAAAGAAAAAAAAUUUUUUGAUUUUAUUAAUAUGUUAAUAACUUUAUCUAAAAAACAUUUAGAUAAUGAAUACGAACCAGAUCAAAUCAAAUCUUUAUCUUCACCAUUUUAUUAUAAAAAAAUAGAAUAUACAGACAAAAAAGGAAACAAAAAAACAAAAGUUGAUAAUUCAUCAUCACUAAUUCUCUAUACAAAACUUAUUUACUCAGAAAAAACAAAAAAAAUUUUAUCUUUGUUCAAGGGAAAGAAAGGUUGUGAUCUAAAUCCUUUUAAAUAUAUUAACAAUUACUGUUGGGUUAAACUAGCAUUGAUAUUUGAAGGAAUUUUUAUAAGUAAUACUGUUACAUCUUUACAAAUAAAAGUACAUGAGUGUUAUAUUAAAGAUAUAGAAGAACCAAGAAAAAGUUUAAUUAAAAUUAAUGAAAAAGAUAGUGACGAUGAUGAUUUAGUAGUUGAAGAUUUAAUUUUAUCGGAUGAAUAAAAUAAAUAUUUUUUUAAUACAUUAUUUGUAUUAAAAAUUAACCAAAUCUUUAGAACUUAUCCAUGAGUUAAAUUUAUCAGGAUAUCCACUCCAUUUUACUAAUACCAUUUUUUUCUUAUUAUCUCUUCUGAUAAUUUUUUCUAUUCUAAAUGUUUGUUGUUUUGCUUUUUGUAAUUCUUGCUCGUAAAAACUUCCUUUAAUCUCUUCUCCCAUCAUAUCAACAAUAUUAUAUGUAACAGGUUUUGUUGGAAGAAUUUUAUUGAUAACGAAUAUUUCUUCUGUCCAGUUUGGUGUGUAACCUUUAUCAAAUACUUUCCUCUUAUAUUUUGAGAUUCUAACUUUAUCACCAAUAGAAAACUUUGGUUUACCAGGUUUUAAGUAAAUCAAAUCGCCGUACAAAUUAGCCCAAACUUUACUUUCAUUUUUCUUUUUACUUGCUUCAACAGGGGUGAGUUUUAUACUAGAAUGUCUUGCAUUAUUGUAAUUAUCGACUAGUUUAUCUAACUUAUCCCAGUAAACAUUGUUGUUAUUAACUGUAAACAUCUUCCACAUUCUGUUUUUCAUUGUUUUAUUCCAUCUCUCAACAACACUAGAUUUUUCCUCGUUUUCAGUGUGAUACAGCUUGAUACCAUUUCUUUUUAGAAAAUCUUUGAAAUGUUUGCUUAUAAACUCAGAACCUUUAUCAGUCCAUAACAUUUGAGGUUUACGUUUACUUUUGAAUAUGUCAUCAAAUGCUUUACUAACAGUUUCAGUUUUUUUAUCUUUCAAAGCUCUAAUCCAUCCAUACUUGCUAAACACAUCAAUAACCAUCAGCAGAUAUUUAAUUCCUUUAUUCCACUUACUAAACUUUUGCAUUUCAACUAAAUCAGCAGUCCAGAUAUCAUCAAUACCAUUUGAUAUUACUGUUCUCUUUUGAAAGUUUCUUGUGAUUGGUUUGUGAAGUUCGUCGGCUAAUUGUUGAGACCAAUCACUACUCAACGCCGCUUUACGUUUUUUGUUCCCAUUCCAAGUUUUUGUUUUGUAUUUAUCAUAGUUCUAGCUAAAGUAUGACCCCAUUGUCUAUUUUUCCAAGGAAUAGCAUCCAACGAUUUUACCAUCUUUCUAUCAGCUUUAUUUUUACACUUUCGGUCAUCACCACAAACACUAUAAUCAACAUCAUGUUGCAUGGCUACAGCAUCGGUUGGUCCGGUUGGUUGAUCAUAAAUUUCUAAUAUUUCACCAGUUUCUGGAUCAUAUCUUACUUGGUUUUCAAGAUCAUUAUAAGGACCGGUAUAUUUAUGUCCUGGUAAGGUCCAUCCACCUUUUGGUUUUGGUAAUUUACCAAUCUGCUUGUGAAUAUCUAUUCCUCUACCAUCUAAUUCUGGUCUAUCAGUUUUAUACUUUUUAUUCGGUCUAACUUUUGUUGACAAUUGAUCCAUUGCUGUUCCAACAGAAUCUUGAAUAAAUGGGGUAAGUUUAUUUAUUCCAUAAUUUACAGCUUUCUUCUGAAGAUUUUUAUUUCUCAUUAGUUCGCUUGCUCCAUAUUUACCCAUUUCAACUGUUUUUUUACCCAUCCAAGGAAGCCCGUAAUGUACAAAUCCAUCAACUGCUGUACCAACAACAGUAUCAAAGACGCCCGCCCCUUCAGACGGGCUUUUUAGUUUUUUGACUUUUUUUUUCCACUUCCAGUUUGAGAAGCUGUUCCCGUUUUAACAUAUCUAACUUUUUUAUUUCACAAACUGCGCAUAUACAAAAGAAUUGAGUUCUACCUCUUUUAUCUUGUUGGUAACCACUUGGCUCUGUACAAGGAGUUACUCUUUUAUCUACAAUACAAUAAGUUUCUUUCAUUUAAUAUAUUGUUUAGAUAAAAAUAUGUCUAUUAGAUCUAAUUUUAUUAAAAGUGAACUUCAAAAGAUAUAUGAUAACUUAAACAUGAGUUAUGAAUACGCUGAUUUUUCUAGAUUGGAAAAUGAUACUAAAUUUAUAAAAAUAUUUGAGUUGCUUAUGGAAAUAAGUGAUAAGUCAAAUACUCUUAAAAAAGUUGUAAAAGAUAAUUAUCUAUUUAUAUAAUAAAUGGAAACUAAAUUCUUUUCCGAGAUAGAAAAAAAGAUUGAUGUUAAAACAAUUAAAGAUUUUGAAAAAGAAGUUCGAACAAAAAUAUAUAAUGAGUUGGAGUUACUUAGAAAUAAAAAUGAUAACCUUUCUAAAAUACUAAGUGCUAGUGAAUCUGAGAUGUGGAAUAAAAUUAGAAAUGAUCAAUAUUCUUGGUUAAAUUUAAAUGAUAAAAAAAGAAAAAAACUUUAUAGACUUAUUGAUAUUUACUCAAAUUUUAAUGAUAUAGUCGAUAGUGUUAAAAGUUUAAAUAAAAAAGUUGAAAAGGUUAAACAGCUAAAGGAUACACCAGUUGAUAGUGAAUAAAUAUAAUAUUUAAUAAAUAUUAUAUUUUUUAUAUUUAUUUAGUAAAAUAUUCUUUUAUAAAAUCGCUAUUGUCAUCAUCAAAAUGAGGAUUAUGUAUUACAUCUAAAAUACUAUUACCUUUUUGUCUUUCAAACAGAUAGUAUAAACUCCAAUAACCACAGAGAACAGUAUUGCGAUUUUGUAUUUCAUCCAUUGAGUAAGUUAUACGUUUUCCAGAAGUAUUAAAAUAUUUUAAUGCUUCAUUUGGCAUUAUUAAUCCAAAUGGAUCGAAAUAUUCGACUGUAUUAUCUAUAUUUCUGUAACACACCCAAUGUGUUCCAGGUCCUAUCAUAUCAUCUAGAUUUAUUAUUCCACAUUCUUUUUUAAUCUUUUUAGGAAGUCCAUCACGACUAUAUAUUCCUCUAAAAUAUUUAAUACCAAGUUUUUUUAUCCAUUUCAUUAGGUCAAAGUUUGAUAGAGGUUUAAUUACAAAAUGGAGCCUAGAAUGGGAAUUGAGUUGAAUGGGCUGUUUUUUCCUAAUAGUAGUCCUUUUCCCCUGGAUUUGGGCUUUUUUUUUUUAACUCCCAUUCCAAUUGGGUUUUCCCAACUACCUAAAAAAGGUGGUGAAAAGUGAUAAGGAUAACCCUCACCAUGUGUGGAUGGAGGAACGUAAACAUUUGCUGUAUUAGAUGAGCCACGUCUAUCAACCUGAAGUCCCCCUCCAAACAUCUUAGAUACUAAACUGAUUGCCAUUGGAAUUCCAAUAGAUGCAAGAGUUCCAAGAAAUCCUCCUUCUAUCUGUUUACGAGUUGGUUUAAUAACUACUCGUCCACCAGAUUGAAACAUCUUAUUUAUUAGAUCAAUUUGUGAUUUUGUCAAUUCUCCUCUAAUAGUGGGUAAUAUUGGGAAAAACUUUUUUGGAAUUGUAAUUCCUUUUCCAAAUAUUUUAUUUAAUCCUAUUUCUCCAAGUGCAGUUGCAGCACCAGUUGCUAAUGCAGGAGCAACUUUUGAAAUUCCUUUUACUGCGUAAGGUAAUACUCUUGCUCCAAUAGAAGCAAGUGAAGUAAAUAAAUUUCCUCCAUGUUUUACAGAAUGUCUAAUUUGAGUUUUACUUAUUUUUAUAUCCGAUCCUGUGCCAUUUGCAAUAGACCUUUUUAUUUUAGAAAUUUGUCUGCUGGUUAACAUUAACUCAUCAGGACCUCGAAGAUGAUUAUGUUUUAUCCGAAGAGUUAAUGGUGAUUUAUUUUUGAUUGCAGAAGCCAGUUUUGACUUUUGUCCAUCUGUAAGUUUUACUCCGUAUUCAAUAUAAGUUGUCAUUUUUAUUUAAUAAGUUAUAUUAAUAUUUAACUUAAGCAUUAUUUAGAUUAAAGAUUUAAUAAUUUGCAAACUUUUUUCAAGUUUCUUUUUAUUUUCUUUAUUGGAUAUAAUAUUAUCAAUUAUACUAGAUUUUGAAGGUUGUGAACUAGAGGAUAUUAUUUUUUCUAUUUUGGAAGGUUUUGGUGGUUGUUGUGUUUUAGGAGGGAUUAAUUCUUUUGAUAUAUUUUUAAUAGCAUGUUUAAGAUCGUCUUUAUCAGUAAUAUUAACUAUUUUUUCAUCUUGUUUUUUAGUUCUAUUUCCCCAUUUAAAAUCACUACGUAUGGUAAUGAAAUAAUUUUUUGGUGGGAUCUCGUUUUCAUCGCUAUAUAAUUUUAUAUCAGAUAAUAAUACUUCAAAUUUAUAAUUAUUUUCAAUUGUCGCUCUACAAACUUUAUUAAAGUGAGAACCAGAAAAUACAAUGGUGUGUAAUUUUUUUCUAUUAUUUAUUGCUUCUAUAUUUUCUUUACCCUUUGAACUUGUUAAAUAAAGUAAAAAAGGAAAUUUAUUUGUAGUAUUAUAUAUAAAUUUAUAGCUAACAUUUAACUUGUAAGAUUUAUGAAUAAUGUUACUUCUACAAUAUUUUUCAAACUUUUUUUUUUGAUUAAGUGUUAAAAAUGUUAUUGUUGAUUCAUAUCUAUCCACUUUUUCUGUAAAUAAUUUUGUUAAUUCCAUUUUAAAAACUGGAUAUAAUUCAUCACUUUGAAUUUUAAGAAAUUUGUACAUAUUUUAUUUAUAGAAGUAGAUAUUAAUAUUUUUGUGUUGAGUUUUUGGUGGUUAAAUUUUACUGGUGGUGUAAUUAUUUUAACCAAUAAAAUAAUUACACAUCAUUCUACAACUUGUGGAAAAAUUUUGUCUAAUCAUAACAACUUGUGGAAAAUUUUGUGUAAUUAUAUGUGGUGUAGCUAAGGGAGGGUUUUUAUGCUCGAAGCAAUAGUUUUCCAUCUUGUUGUGAUAUUUCUGCUAUUCUUUCAUGUAAUACUAGUGCGUAAAAAUUAUAAUCAGCGUUUGGAUUAGCAGUUAAUUCGUAAUGAAAUGCUAGUUUUGUAACACCAUCUUUAAUAUCCAUUUUUUGCUUUGUUAGGUCAAAAUAAACAAAAGGAAAUAAAGUUUUAAAAUUACUUCUAUUGAGUAAGGUUCCACCUUGAUAAUCAUUAUUUGCAUAGACGUAUGACAUUACAUUUCUAAAAACUCUUGACAUAUCAGUAGAUGGUUUUAAGUGAAUAUCUGGGUAUUCAUUUCCAUUUGCAACUUCCAGAUAACAUCUUGAUAUAUUAGCAUUAUUUGGCAGAUCAAAAGUGUCGUAUACAAAUGGAUUCGCGGUUUGUGAAUCAAUUCUUGCUGUAUCAAUUCCAAAAACAAAUACAUGCCUUGGCUUUGAAAUAGCAUUUGUAAUUCUAAAAUGUCCUGUCUGUUGUUGUGAAUUAUUCGAUCUUUCAACUACUUCAUUCAAAUAUACCCAUUUGUAAGGUUUAAGAUAAUUUUCCAUAUAGAGCUUUUGUCCUUCUGAAUUAAACGUAAGUUUUGGAAUAAAAAGUUGUAGUCUUGUUAUAAUAACUCUACAAUUAUCAGCAGCUUGAAAAAUUAAAUUUGCAUCUUUUUCAAUUUCGAUAUUUAAUUUAUAUUUAUAUUUAUAUUUAUAUUCAAUUUUUGUAUUAGGAAGUAGUUUAUCUUCCAAUGCUUCAAAGAAAGAAUAUCUAUUAAGAGGAAUUUCACAGUUUACUGUGGCUGAUGCACCUAAUAGUAAUUUUCUUGCAUGAAAACCUUUAUUAUAAGUUGCUUGCGCAGAUCUUUCCUCUGCAGCUCUUGAUGUAUCGAGAAAAUAAAAUUCGUUUGUAGCAACACUCUCGGCAUAUGAAGGAUUAUAUUCUAGUAAAUUUUUAAUAUUUACAACAUGAUUUGCAUAGUUACAACUAUAAACUUCUCGUCCAUUUGCUAGGAUACUUAAUUUUUCUAUAAAUGAAUUGCUUCCAUUCACUAUUCCAUUAUGAUCGUUAGCUGCAAUAUUUCCUCCAUCUACUAGUUUAUUUACUUUAAAAUCCAUUGAUAAUCGUGCAUUAUACCAAUCAAAAGGAGUAGUUUCUCCUGUAUUAUCAGCAACAAAUCUAAGUCCUGUUUUACUUUGGUGUGCGGCAUUUGCUGGAGCAGUAUCUAGAGACUGUUCCAAGUCAAAUACAACAUCUUCAUAUCUAUCUAAAUAUUUUGGAUUUCUAAAUGACUUCAUAUUUAUUUUAAUAAUUAUAUAAUUUUUCUCUUACGUGUUGAACCUCCACUAAGAAGGUUAUUCAACAUUUGAUCUAUCUCUUUUUGAGUUUUUUUUUCAACAUUAUUAUUAAAAGUAACUUUUUUAGAAGUGGAUUUUUUAGGUUUAGAAUCUUUGCUUAACAUUUGCACUAUUUUAUCACCAGCCUUUUUACCUACAUGAUCACCAGUUUUUGUUGCAGCUGUAUUUAAUGCUUUUUCAACACCUUUUUUAGCAGCUGAUUUGGCUGUUUUUCCAAAUAAAUUUUUACCAAUAGAUUUAAAAAUAUCAGUUAUUCCUUCACCAUAAAUAUGUUGUCUUGUAUAUUUUCCCAUUUCUGGGUCAAGUUUCAUUUUAAACUCUGAUUUUCUACUCAUUUUAUUUUAAUAGUUAUAUAUUUACAUAGAGUGAAGUAUUAAAGUCAUAAACCAAUCAAUACCAUUAAAAUUUACCGGUCUUCCAAGUGAGUCUGUUACAUAUAUUCUCAUUUCAUCAAUGUUAAAUGAUGAUAGAUCGCAAAAUAAUGGUCUUUUAGGUUCAAAAGUAAAUGGAAAAGAUCUUGUAAGAUUAUCAGUUGGCAUUACAGCAAUAGUAUUUGUAUUUAUUCCAUUUACAAUACUAUUAGUUAUUGCGGUUGUAUUAAUAUUAAGUAUGUCAAUCGAAUUUGUUAUAUUUGGUAGUUUUGUUCCAUACUCUGUUUUUGUAAUAAGUUUUUUUUCAAAUCCAAUUAGGUCUCCAAAUUCUGUUCCUCUUAGAUCUAAUUGAUAAUCACCUUCAAUUGAUAUUAAAACUCGAUAGGUAGAUAGUAUAAAAGUUAGAUUUAUUGAAUAAAUUUUAUUUCCAUUUGAAUCUGUUGAAUGAUGAGAUUUUUGAGCCAUAUAUUGAUGAAUGUAAUCAUUAAUAUCUGAGUAGGAAUACAUUCCAUCUGUAAAAGUAAUUGUUUGCCAAGUACUUCCAUCAUGUGUAUAUUUGAUUUUAUUGUUUCCAUAAUCACUUCUAAUGUUAUACCAAGAAUAAGUCAUGGAAAGUCUAUCCAUAGCAAGUUGAUGUUUUUUUUCAGGGUUAAGUUUCAAAGAUGGAUUAAACUUAAUAGUAAAAUCACCAGGUUUGCUUGUUCCUCUUUUUUCUCUGUUUAUUGAAGAAAUGUGAAUAGCUCGUUCUUCCAUUUUAUCUAUUUGUUAUAUAAGUUUCUAUUAGUUCGUUAAGUUGUUUUUUUGUAAUUACUUUCAUUUGGUUGAGAAGAUGUGCUAUUUGAGAAAACUCUUGCAAUACAACAUUAUUACCAGCUAGAAUUGAACCACCAAGUAAUUCAAGUCUUUUAAGAAGUUGAUGUGGAUUGUUAAAGUAAGUCAUACCUUCUCCUGUCUUAUAUUUAAGAGAUCUAAAAUAAUCUUUCAUAGUAUUUUUAUAUUUUAAUAGUGUUCCUUUUGUCAUUUUUUUAAUUUCAGUUUCAGUUUCAUAUAAUGGAGAUGGAUUUUUAGCUUUUUUUCUACCAUUAAUUUCACCAGUUAACUGUUUUAUAUUACCUUUUAAAUCUUCUAAAGUUAGUUCUAAAUCAUUAAGAUUAGUUUCAAAAAAAUCAUUCGGUCUUGGGUAUCCAAAAUCUCUUAAUAAACUUAGAUCAUUACCGUCAAAGUUUUUUUCUAAAUCUAACAUUCUUUUAACAUUAUCAUUUGGAGGUAUCCAAUUUUCAUCCCAUCCUUCUUCUAAAUCAAAUCCUUCUUCAUCAUAUUUACCAGUCUCAUAUCCUGGUAAUUCCCUUAUAUCAAAUAAUUGGUUAAAAUUUUCAAAAUUUUGAGUAAGAGCCAGUUGAUUUUUUUUAAGUUGUGAUAAAGUUGCGUUUUGUUGUUCAUCAAUACUUUUUUUAAUACUAUCUUGAGAUUUAAUAAGUGGUUUAAAUGUUUCUUUAAAACCUUCUUUUAUAUCUUGUUUUUUCCCAUUUUGUUAUUUUUAUUACAUCUCUAACCUUUUUAGUUAAAUUAUCAGCUUCAAUUUUAUUUUUUGCAAGUUUUUUGUAUUCUUCAAUAUUCAUUUUUAUCUAUUGAUUAAAUAAAAAAAUGGAAAUACCAAAUUAUGAUAGUGUCGAUGAUCCGGAUAAAAAAUAUAAACAGUUAUUUUCUUACAUGCCAUCAGACACAUUUCGAAUGUUAAUCUGUGGAAACAGUGGAAGUGGUAAAACUAAUUUACUGUAUCAUAUGUUAAUUAAACCAUUGUUGUACUAUGAUGAAAUUUAUCUUUACGCGCGUAAUCUUGAACAGGAUAAGUAUCAAAAGUUAAUUCAAAAAAUGACAGAGUUAAGUCAUAAAUUGGGUUAUGAAAUACUUCAUGUUAACAAUGAUGAAAUAACUCCAAUUUCAGAAAUGGAUUAUGAAGACAAUCAAAAACUUGUAAUAUUUGAUGAUUAUGUUUGUGAUAAAAACCAAAAGUCACUUAUUGAUUAUUUUAUUCAAGGUCGUCAUAAAAAUUGUUCUGUAAUAUACCUUAGCCAAUCAUUUUAUAAAACUCCAAAAGAUAUUCGAUUAAAUUGUUCUCACUACUGUCUUUAUGAAUUUCCAUCAUCAAGGGAAGCAAAUCGUAUAGCAUCUGAAUUAGGAGUUGAUAAAGAGGUGUAUAAAACAGCAACAAAAAAACCAUUUACAUUUUUAUAUGUUGAUAAACCUAAAAAACGUAUUGCUAAAAACUUUACUAGUAAUAUAACCUAAUAAUAAAAUGGGAGUAUUUAACGAACAAUCUUUCGAUCAUCCUUUUGCUAAAGGAAUACAGGGUGCACCAGGAGUUGGUUUUAGUCUAACCGCAGAUGGAAAUUAUGAUAUUAAUAAAAAGAAACUCACAAAUGUUGGUGCACCCAGUGCUAAUACUGAUGCUGCUACAAAGAAGUAUGUUGAUGAUAAUUCUGGAUCAUCCACAACAUCAGAAUUAACAGUUGAUUCAAACAUUGAUAUGAAGGAUAGAUAUCGAAUUUUAAAUCUUAAAUCACCACUAGAUGCAGAUGAACCAGCAACAAAACAAUACUCAGACAGCACAUUUCUUGACAGAAAUGGUUCACGAACAAUGCUUGGUAAUCUGGAUAUGAACAACAAUCAAAUAUUUAAUAUACCAGCUCCAACAGGUCCCAAACAACCAACACCAUUAGCUUUCACAGAUUUUAAGUAUCUCCAUGUUGCUGGUACAAAUAAAAUGACUAAUAAUCUAAACAUGGAUAAUAAAGGUAUAAUUAACCUUAGACCACCAACAUCAGACACAGAUGCAACAACAAAAAAGUAUGUUGAUGACUCAUUUCAACCUUAUUUUAAAAAAGAUGGAUCGGUAAAAAUGACUGGAAAUGUAGAUAUGAAUAAUAAUAGAAUAUAUAAUAUUCCAACACCAACAGGUAAUAAUCAACCAGUAACAAAAAUCUAUGGAAAUUUCUAAUUAUGUUAAUAUUAGAGGUUUUACUCCUAUGCUUGGAGAUUUAAAUAUGAACAAUAAAAAAAUAAAAAAUCUUUCAACUCCUACUAAUAAUAAUGAUGCUGCUACAAAAAAAUAUGUAGAUGAUAACACAGGUUCUCCAGACUUAAGUGAUUAUUUGGAAAAAGAUGGAUCGGUUGCUAUGACUGGAAAUUUAAAUAUGAAUAGUAAAAAAAUAAUAAAUUUACUUAAUCCAACACAAGACAAUGAUGCGGUAAAUAAAAAUUACGCUGACCAUCUAGUUCAUCACUCAGCAAUUCAACCAAGUCAUUAUAACGACCAAUUUUCUUACCUUAUGUCUAGUGCAGCACAAUGGACUGAUGAAACAAAUGGAGGAAAUAGUUUUUUAAUAAAUAAAAUUGAUACACUUACACCUUCAAAUGGAAACUUUCACAAUUACAAUCAUAAAGUUAUUUAUUACAGUAUAAAUAAAAAUUUACAAGGGGGUUAUAAUUAUAAAAUGGGGAUGAACUUUUACAGACUUCAAGCUAACACAGAUUAUACACUUUGUUUAGAAUUACUUAACACUGAAUAUUUACUAUGGCAUAAGUCUCAAAUAUCUGUUGAUAAAGGAAGUUCAUCCGGUCUAACACUUGGUAAUGUUAGUAUAAAAAAACUAUCUCAUAGGUAUACUGCUUCUGGAAAUCAAACAAAAUUUAUGUAUUAUUACAAAAUUAUAAUUAAUUUUCGAAAGUUAUCAACGGGUAAUAAAUUUUUUCUUUAUGUUAAUGUCAACAUACCCCAGACAGGAAUCGAUCUAAACAUUUACCCAAAUCAGUUUAAAGGGAAUUAUUUAGUAGCUUAUGGAAUUGUGGGUACAUUUAGCAAUAUAGACCCAGAUAAAGUUUAUGAUUAUCACACAGCAUUUGAUAUCAAACCAACAGAAGUAUCUUACAAUGUUGAUAUAAAUACAAAUAAUAAAAAAAUAUUUAACGUUAAUCUUGAUAGAAACAAUAAUAAUAGUGUUGCAACAGUAGCAAUGGUAAAGGAAUUAUAUCCACAUACUAUAAAUUAUCUUUACAGGGAAAUUUUUGAAGAAAUUUAUGAUUUUACUAAUGCUGCUAAUUACAAAAUAAGUCCUACCUCAUCUGGUAUUACUUUUAACAAAUUAUCUUCUACAAGUGGUAAUAGUUUAAGAGAUAUGAAUAUAACUAAUAAAACCAUAGAUAAUAUAAAAAAAGAAGGUUUAAAUAUUAACAAUUAUACCAUUAGUUUUUCUCCUCCUAACAAUAUUACAACUUAUACUUUAUGUUUAAUUUUUUAUCAUUGGAGAAAUAGAAAUUUUGGUCUAGCUAAAAAAGACAAAAAUGGUAGAGUAUUAUUAAGUUUAGAAUAUAGAAAUACAAAUAAUCUCAUAUUUUUAGAUGUUCGUCUUAGUAGAAGUCAAUUUGCCAUGUUAAAUGAUUUUAAUGGAAAAAAAAUUGUUAUAUGGUUGGCAGAAAAUUUUAACAGUAAUAUUACAAAAGCUAAAAUAAGUAAUUACAAUUCAUUAUUAAGUGUACAAACAGUUCAAUACACAAACGAACAAAAGUUUGAGUUUACAAAUCAAGAUGGAGUUUUAAGUAAGAUAAUGUUUUCUUCAAACUUUUACGACACCGACUCUGAAAAUUAUCACAAAGUAUUACUUCAAGAAAAGAUAAAUGGAAGUUAUGUAUUAUAAAUAUAAAAUGAAGGAUAUCUUUGAAUUUAAACAUAUUGACCCAUCUUUAUCAAAAUCAGAUGUUAAAACAAUAAAAGAUUUUUACAGUUAUUACCAUAAAAAAUAUUGGUGUUUUAAAAGGUCUUAUAAAAGUUACAAAUUUCUUGAUAAUUUUUUUAGUAUUUCAAGUAUAACUUUAGUUGCUGUAGGAACUAUUACUGGUGGAAUUACACUUAAUCCUGUUAUUAUUGGAGUAAUAAAUGGAGCUGGAGUAAUUGUUGCUGGAGUAGGAAAGAAAAAUAAUUACAAGAGAAAAAUAGAGAUGACUCGGAUCGCUUUUACUACUUAUGAAAAAGUUCUAGUUGAAUUAAGAUCUGCACUAAGAGGUGAUGAUUGGAAUAAACAAGAUUUUGUAAAUAGAAUGAAGUUGAUAGAUGAUAUGAUAAUCGAUCAAACUCCUGAAGCAGAUAAAUUUGUUAGUAAAUAUGAAAAAAAGUUUAAUAUAAGUAAAUAAUAAAUUUAAAAAUAUAUAACUCAUUAUCUUAAGCAUUUCUAAAUAAUUAUUUAUUUAGAAAUUAAAUAUUUUUUUCAAUACGAUGAAAGACUCGAUAAUGACUACUUAAUGUUUUUUUAUUACAAAAUGCUUUUGGACAAUAUUCACAAGGAAUUCGCACGCCAGUCAGAUACUUAUGAAUUUUUUUACAAAUUUCGUCGUAAUCAUUUGAGAGUAUAUAUGCAUAAUUAUUUUUUUUAUAUUUAUCUUUCAUUUUUAGUUGUGAUUCUGAUACUUCAUAAUUAUUUGUUGGUGAUUUGAAUUCUAUACAGAGUCCUUGGUAAUCUUUGUGGUAAUCAAGAAUCAUUAAAUCUGGAGUCCCUCGCUGAUAUCCUUUUUUAUACGAAUCUAAUCUUUUUUCCUCUGUAUCUUGGUUUUCUCCCAUAGCUGCAACUAAAAUUGUAUCAGGAUAAUAAUUUCUUAUUAAAUUUACAACUUUGUAGUGAAGUUCGUUUUCAUUAGAAAUCAUAAUCAUCUUAUUCCAAGGGUUAUCAAACAUUUUGUAUUGUCCGUAUUUUCUAAUAUCUGGAAGUACUUCAGAUGUUAUCCAACGUUUAAACUUUUUUGCUGUUUCUAAUUUAGAAGAUAAUAAUAAGGAGUAAAAACCGCUUUCAUUUAUGUAAAAUGUUUGUUGCAAACCCCCCGCCGUUUUGGUGGACCCUUUGAAUUUAUCUUCCUCAUCUACAUGUUGUCUAAUUGCUUGAUUAGUAUCACUAUAACCUAAGAUCUUAGCAACAUCUUUUCCAACAAAAAAAAUAUUUUGUUGUUUGUUAAUGUAUGUGUUAAUUUCUAAACCUAAACUAUUAUUUUUAAACUUUUUUACUAACAUAUUACUCAUUAUUAAUUUAUUUUUUAAACUUUAAUUUAAUUCAUUUUUAUUGUAAAGGGUAAGUCAUUUUAACGGCCCCUUUAUAAACUUCAUUUUUAUUGUAAAGGGUAAGUCAUUUUAACGGCCCCUUUAUAAACUUCAUUUUUAUUGUAAAGGGUAAGUCAUUUUAACGGCCCCUUUAUAAACUUCAUUUUUAUUUAAAACUUAUAUAAAUAAUUAAUAAAAUGAUAAAAACUAUUGUUCAUUAUGUUAACUUUUACUACCCUACAAUCAAAAAUGUAAACUUUUCGGAAGAUAUAAUAAAAACAGCACUGGUAUAUCGAUUCUUAUACGAACAUUAUGUAAAAGAUUAUAUAACACUUGAAACAAUAAUAUAUAAACUUGAUUAUUAUCCUAUUAAAACUAAUAGUUCAAUAAUUAGAAAUCAUUUAAUAUUUCAUAGAGCAUUUAAAUCUUUUUACAAACAUUACAAAACUGGAAGAAGAUGUGUAUACUUAUUUGAUUCUCUAAUAAAGAGUGAAGUUCUUGCUUAUCUAACCGGUAUUUUAUAUUGGAUUUUUCAUAAAGGAAUAAAUUAAUAUAAUCAAUAAAUUAAUAUAAUGUCAUUUUUUAUUAUUACUGAAAGUCAACUUAAAAGAAAUGCUUGAAAAUUAAUGAAAGAUUUUUACGAAACUAUACAUGAUGAUUACAUGUUAAAAAAAUUUGAUGAAUUUAAAUUACAAAGAAAAUAUUAUGAUGAAAAUAUUAUUAAAGAAUAUAAUAAAUUUCUUAAGGGAGCAACAAUAUAUAAAAGUAAAGAUGAAGAUUUAAUAUUAUAUAUAAAAGAUAAAAUUCAAAAUAAAACUAUUAAUGAAGAAUUUGUAUAUAAUUUUUUAGAAAAAAUGGAUAAAAAAUUAAAUUUAGAUACUAGUCUUGAAUUUGAAUGUUAUGAAGAUCUUUAUUGUUUAAAAAAAGCAUUUAUUAAGGCUUAUGAAUUAUUUCAUUACGAAGGUUAUAACUUAAAAGAUUAAAUUUUUAUAUUAUUACUUUAAUAUAAAAAAUUAUUUUAUUAUUUCUUUAUAACUUUCCCACCAAUUAUCAUAAGUCUCUAAAAUUUGAGGACUAAUUUUAAUUUUAAUAUUUUUAUAUUUUUCACACCCCAUUUCCUCCAAAAUUUUUUUUAUUACAUAAUUGAUAUUUAUCAUUCUUUUUCUACAAUAUUUUUUGUUUAUUACCUUCAUAUUAUUACUAUCUAAAAUUAAUAGUUUAUCGUAAAGUUUACAUUUUUCUUCAUCAGUAAGAUUUAUUAAUUUAGAAAUAUUUUUAACCUUUUUAUCAAAGUAAUAUUUUCUAUGAUAAAUACUCUUUUUUUGAUAAUGUAAUCUAUCAAAAUCUUUUAAUUCAAUAUUUCCUAAAAUAUAACCGUUUAAUACUCCACAUUCAUUACACAUAUUAUAACCUAAAUACGAUGAAAAAGAUUCUGUAUUUGAACAACCUUUACAUUUUAAUUUUAGUGUAAAUUGAUUAAUAGUUUUUCUGUAGUUAGAUAAUAUAUUUAAAUAUUUUUUUAUUUCUUCCUCUCUAUAGCUCAUUUAUUUAUUUUUAUCUUAAUGCUAAAGUAUGAAUUUUAUUCUUAAGUACUUUUCUUUUAUCAUCUUGAUUACUUAGAGCUACUUUAUUAACCUCUUUAGAAUAUAUAUCAUGUUUUUCACUUUUUAUAAUUUUCAUAGUUCUCAUUUCUUUUUCACCUGUAAACAAACAAUUAACAUAAGCAUCAAAAUCUAAUUCCUUUUUUAUAACAUUUUUCUUUAUUCCUUUACACUUUUUUAAUUCUUUUUCAUCCUCAAUUUUAAAACUAUAAAGUUUUGGUCUCAAUCUAACAAAAUGUGUUAUCUGUUUUCCAGCUACUUCAUCCUUAAACAUGCCUAUUACUUUUUUAUUAACUCCUGUUGUUAUUCCAGAAGGAUGAUCUGCUGAAUAAUCACUUGUAUCAAAUUUAUUUUUUACAUCAUCAUAUAUAUCUUUGUAAAAAUCUUUUGUUUUAAUUUCAUACAUUAAACUGUCUGUAUCUGUAAACAAUAACUGAGCUUUUUUUCCAUAUUUAUUUUUUAUGUAGUUAUAAUGAAAAUCAAACAUUAAAGUUUUUGAUAAAUCUAGAAUUACUUGACCAACAUAUACUGGUUUAUUAAAAUAAACUUCAGUUUUUUUCAUAUGAAUUGCAAUAAGAUUUUCAUCAAAUAUUGUACAUCUAUCAAAAUUUGGACGACUUGAUAAUUUGAUAGCUUUCUUACGAUUAUCAACAAGAUGUACAUUUUGUCUUUUCCUUAUAUUUUCUAUUGUUUUACCAAAAACUGAGUUAUUCAUCAAUUUAAAAAAGUCUUUUUCAAAACUGUUGGUUGCUGCCUUUCUAAGUUCAGUAUUUUUUCUAAUAUAUGGUUCCAUCCAAGUAGAUUGAUAGAAUGAUAUUCCUCUAUGUACAGAAGUAAUUUUCAUACCCAACUCAAGACAUUGUCUAAGAGUUCGAUAAUGUAUAACAUAAUUUUUUCUGGUUUUGAAAUGACAUAUUAGUUUUUCAACACCAUUAACUUUCAUUAACUCAGGUGCUAAAGGAUAGUCAUUAUGUUCAUCCCAUAAGUGUUCAGGAUAUUCUAAAUCAACUUCAAAUAUAUAACCCUUCUUACCAGUAUUUGACAUGCUAAAAUUUAUUUUAUCUAAAAUUUCAUUUACCUUUUCCACUGUUAUAUCUUUCAUCCAUUUAAAUCCAUGAGUUGGAAGAUUUUGACUCAUAGCCCAUCCAUAAAGAUUGUUUGCAUCUAAAUAUUGAAUAAACUUUGAUUUCUUUUUUGAAUCGUAACUUUUCAUAUAUUUAUUAUUUGCUUCUGAAUAUCUUUUUGAAAUAUGUGUAAUCCCACCCCGAAUACCACGUUCAAACAUCAUUAACAUAUCAUAAUCACUUAAUAAAUCUAGAUUUUGUCCUGUUAUUUUUAAACAUGCAUCCCAAGCCAGACCUGGAGAUGUGUAGUAAUGAGCUGGAUCUAGCUUGUAAUGUUUAAGACAAGUUGAUCUAAAUUUUUCAAAUACAUCUGCCAAAAGCAUAACAUCAGAUUUUAAAUAAAGAUCGUGAUAGUCUUUUAAUGUUUUACAUCCAAAUGCAUUCCACACUUUUAUUGCAUGUUGAUAAUCUUCAUCUGUAAUAUCUUCAUCAUUAAGUUUUGAAUAAAAUUCUUCUUUUGGUGGUAAUUGUGUUUCUAAUAAUUUAUCAAGUGAUGAAACGUAAUCAUAAGGAUAAACUCCUUUUCUAGUUAAUAGUGAUAUAUUUUUCUUAAAUUCACUUUUGGUAUUAUGAAAAUCAUCUAAUGACAAAUUUGAUACAAGAUUACCAAGUGAUGAUUGAAGAAACUUAUAUGAAUCUAAAAAUCUUAUUUCAAAAGUUAUUGGGAUAAUAUCACCAUUUAUAUGUUUAUAUUCUCCAACUUUGAUAUGUUUAGAAAAUGAAAUAUAACUUUCUUCAGUAGAUGGAAUACAAUCUAAUUUUCCAUCUAAUUUAAUAACGUCUUUAAUAAUAACGUCUUUAUUAAAAGCAUCCGAUAAAAUUACAUAUCUGAUGUUACAUUAAAAAUAUAUAUCGAUAGAAAAAAUUACAAUGGCAAGAUGAAUAAAAAAGAUUAAAUUGAUUAAAAAUACAUAUGGGAUAUUUACACAGCUAGAUUAUAUUUAAAAAUUAAUCUAUUAAAAAAGCUAUCUUUGAAACGUUCAGUGUUAAUGCUGGGCCUGACAACGGAUAUCCUUCGAAGGUUUACAAUACAGUCUUUGUACCUUGGGAGCAAGCUUUUUAGUGGAUGGUCAUCGCGUUUGAGGUUAUAAAAAAGGCGUCUGUCGCUUUUCUCCAAAAGUUCAUAUAUGUUGUAAUUGACCGACGUAUAACGCCUCUUAUAACAUCUUUUUAAAAACCUUUGUAUAACGGUAAGUUCGGAAACACUCGCAGCAUAAACUGAAAGACCGUAUAAUAACUUAGGGAUCACAAUUGAAUUAAAGAGGUGGUCUAUUUCAUCUUGUGUAUAUCCUUCUUUGCGUAGGCUUCUGAUGACAAAUAAACACUUGUUGGCUUCAUGGAGCUUGGCCUUGACAUGCAAGCCAAACUUACUAUUACCUUGAAUUGUGACGCCUAAUAAAGAAAUGUUAUUAUAUUGUUUGAUAUUGUGAGACAUUGGGUAGACUGUUGAAUUGCCUCUCUUACGCAUAAUUAGCUCCUUACAUUUACUAGUGUUACAAUGCAUGUCAUUUGCAACAGUCCAAUCCAUAAACUUGGACAAGGCAAUAUCAGAUAUAUCCGGGGAAUCUUUAGUAAUCGUGACUAAGACGGUUGAAUCGUCUGCAUAUUUAAACAAGGAUAUAUCUUUGUAUCCAUCUAUCUCUAGGUCAUUCAAAAAAAUAUGUUGAAAAGAUAUGGGCCACUGACACUUCCCUGUGUUGUUCCCUUGUUAACAAUUUUCCACUGGCAUGUCAAAUUAUUAAAAAUCACCCUUUGUUUUCUACCUUCGAGAAAGUUGGCAUACCAGUUAACAAUGAAUGAAUCAAGUGGACUAUGUUUCAGCUUUUCAACUAGAAGAUUGUGUUUAACGUUAUCAAAGGCUUUAGAGAAAUCCAUCGUAAACAUUCUGACCGCCACGGUGUCCCGUUUAUCCAGUGCCGCAAGAAAUGUAUGUUGCAUUUUCAACAGAGCGUUUACACAACUUCCACCUGAGCGGUAAGCAAAUUGGGAAUUAUUCAGAUAUUCCUCCAGGCACCUCUUGUUAAAAAUGUUAUACACUAUUCUUUCAAACGUUCUGGCAAUAACUGGAGUAACGUUGAUUCCUCUAAAGUCCGCAUAAUCGACUGGUGUUAGCAAGUUGUUUAAUAAAUAGAUGUGCAUCAUAACCCUGAAGAUUAUGAAAUAUAACUGGUAAUAUUCUGGGUUUUUUACACAUAAGAUUACAUUUGUUAUGCGCGGCUCCACGAUACUCACCUGUAAAAUGACAAUGAUCUCUAACUCUAUCUUUAUUUAAUUUAUAUCCGCAAAUAUAACAAUUAACUGCGUUAUUAAAUUCUUCUUGUGUUUUUGGUGUCAUUACUAAUUUUUUUGGUUUGCAAUAAAAAUCUUCAUAUAUUCCUUUUGUUAAAUCGGUAAGUUUUUCUACAAAUAUUUUUGCUACAUCUUCAUCCUCAGAAGAUUUGGUAUAAAUAAUUGGUUUAAUUUUUUUACCAGCAAUUCCUUUUGCAUAAAAACAAAAUCCUGAUGGUUCGUGUUUUUGAUAAUUGUAAUUAUAAGAAUCUUCAGGAUUAGGACAGCAACUACUCAUUGUUUUAGUAAUACAUUCAAAAUCUGCAUAGACAGUAAAAGGAAUAGGAAGUUGUUUAUAAUAAUUUUUAAAAUGUAAAUUCGAUCCUGAUUUUGGCAUUUUUACAAAUGAUGUAUUAUUACUAUAACAAUAUUGAAUAUGUUUAUCUAAUAGUUCCGGUUUUGUAAAAUGAGAAAAACAUCUCUUACAAAUUUGUAUUGGUUCAUCUGUUCUUGUAGUAAUUUGACUACGUAUAAGUCUUGAAAAAUUUUUAAUUAGUGAAUAAUGAGUUUUACCAUCUUCUUCAUACAAAAAUAAAUCAAUAGUUUUUUUACAAUCUUUCUUUACUUCCCUCAAAGGAUAGAUAGUAUUACCAUCAUUUGAAAAAACAUUUAUUCCUGGAAUAUCUGGAUUAAGAUUCUCAAAUUUGGUAAUAUCUUUUAAUUUCAUUGGAAAAGUAAUUCCUUUAGUGUUAAGUGAAAAUUCAUAUUUUUUUAAAUCUGACAAUCGACUAUCAUUUUUUUCUCUUGGAUGAAGAUAUCGAAGUACUGACCAAAGAAAACAUUUAUCAUCUUUAUUUCGAAUAUUAACAAUUGCUUUUUUUCUCAUAAUCCAAUCUGGAAGAGGAAUAUAAGAAGAACCUCUCAUUGGUUUAAAUUCAUUUGUAUGAAUUUCUAACUGGUAAAUUUCUUUAAAAUACCAAUCACUACCAUUAUUUUGGUAUAUAGUUAUACCUUCUAAAAUUUUUGAUUUGCUUUCACUAAUUAUAUUUUUUACAUUAGUUGAAACUAAAUUAGUAUAUGUAUCAGAAUGAAAAUAUGAAUGAUCUUGAAUUUCAAUUGUUUUAUUACUAUCUUUUUCUUGUUUUUCCAUAAUAACCUCUAAAACAAAUCUUACUUUAGUAUUUCUAUGAUUUUUAAGAAAUUCAUUAAUAAUAGGUUUUUUAUCCAUAAAAAACUGAUUAGGUAAAACACGUGGAGAACCCUUAAUAAUAUAUUUUUGAGCAAAUCCAUUUAAAGAUGAUUUCUCAAUUUCAAUUCCUUGUUCAUAUUCUCUUAUAGCUCUUUCAAGAGCUUUUCGUAAAUAAGAAGGAGUAUCUUUUGGAAUUUUUCUAUUUCUUAUACAUUCCUCAAAAUAAUCUUCAAAUGUUUUAAUCUUUUUUGUAACAACUUUGGAUUUAAUCUUUUUUGUAACAACUUUGGAUUUAAUCUUUUUUGGUUUAACUUUACCUUGUUUAAUUUUAUUUCCAAUUUCUCUCACUUUAUUUAUUUUUUCAAUAACUUUCAUCUUUUCUUCCAUUUCCUUAUAAUCUUUCUUAACUUUUUGUCUAUCUUGCGAAAGAAUUUUUUUUAAUUCAUCCAAAGACAAAUUCAUAAGUUGUUUAUUUGUAGAUGGUUGAGCCAUGACUUUUAUUAUUUAUUUAUUUUAUUUCUUUAAAUCAAUUUUUAUUUUCUGAUUCAACAUAAUUAAUCUAUUUACUUGUUAAUUAUAGUGUAGUAUAGGAAAUGCUGACAUCUGUCUCACCUCAAAUUAUUUCUGGAUCUCCGAGCAAUCAGAGAAACUAAUUGUGAAUCGAAUGGAGCAUUUCGAAUGAGUUGAGUGAAAAUGAACGAGCGAUAGCGAGUGAAUUGAACGAAACGAAUGAGAUUUGCGAAAUGAGUGAACAAUUAGUUUCGACGUUGCGAGGUGAGUCAGAAAUAAUUUGAGGUGAGACAGAUGGCAGCAUUUCCUAUACUACUUUUGUGAAGGCUGUAUCAGAAUUCUAACGGUAGGAAAUUUCACCCAAAUAAGAAAACGUGAAAAAAAAAAAAAAAAUGCUCAAAACAUUAAAUAAAGAAGGUAUAAAACGGAUUGCAAUUGUGGGUUUUGAAAAACGUUUUUUAUAUAGCCUGACAGUUUUUCAGUUUUUCUUUUUCGUAACGUUUAAUAUAAUGCUUAGAAGGUAUAUUUGUUGGACAAGAAGCUGUAAUUUUAUCAUCGAUUACAAGUAAUUUCACCGCUAACCUGAAGUCCCAUAGCACACAAGGAAGCAUGAUGGCGAUGUUGACAAUAUUAACCGUGACACAGAGCCCCUGAUACUUUAAGGACAAAUUACUGUUACUGAUGUAGACUACGAGUAGUCUCCAUUUUUCCUCAGGGAUAGCAGAGCGAGCGAAACGCGAGCGGGCGUGAAAAAAUUUUCUCCCUCACCGCCGCGUCUCGCCUUUCUAGCGUGGAAUGAUUUUCACGCGUGCUCGCGUUUCGCUCGCUCGACUAACCCUUAGGAAAAAUGGGGACUGCUCUUAGUCUAUUACUGAUGAUGCUGUUGGGGGCUUUACACCUGUCCCAAAAGGACUUGGCGAGCUCAGAAUAACCUUUCUUAAGAUUUACACCUCUUCUUCUCCUUGUUUUUAUUUAUUUAUUUUUUUUACAGAGGGGCCUCCAUAUCUCCUCAGACACCGUUCGCACUCUUAAAAGCUUUUGCCGUUGGCAGAAUCGGGUGAUGACUAAACCACAGAAGGACCCAGAACACCACGAUACCGCGAUUCUUCUAACAAGGUGAGAUUCACCCCAGUUGAGCGCCCUUAAUUGAGUUUUGAGAUAACGAAAGAUUCUGUGAAACAUAUAAGGCAUAAAGGCGCCAUGUCACCAUUAUCAAAUGCAAAUAAAAAGAACGAAAUGAUUAAAAUUAUAGGAAGAUUAAAAGACUAAAAUAUUACGGAGCUACAUGUUAACCAGUCAGCAACGCAACGUGCCAGUAAUAUAACCUCUUGGAGAUUUUACCUAUUAUUCACCCAAAUAUUUACUUGUUUCUGUUUGCCUUUAAGUUCCCAGGCUAAUUUUUCACAACAAGCAAGCGCUGACCAAAUUUGGAAGAUGCUUGAUAUUAUUCCACGAUUGAUGUCAGUGAUGGAGUCAUUAAAAUUAUUUAGCCUGUGUACCCCCCCCCCCCGCUCCCUCAAACAAAAUCUAGGAAGGGAGGGGGCGGCGCGGCUGCACACAGGCUGAAAAUAUUGUACGUACGCUUGGUUUUCAUUUACAGGCAGGCACACGACUGGAGGUCUUGGAAAUAGGGUUAGGGUUCGAGUUACAAGACCUUUGUUCCUGUAAACCGUGCAAGUUAAACCCUCAGUUGUACGCGAUAACGCCUCUGUUUUGGCAAUGCAUACACACGAAAGAUGUCAGCUGCUUUGAAGAAUGUCUUCAAGAAAAAAAAUUUUACACCCUGGAACUGCCAAGUAACAGGCAAACGCUAAUUCGACAAACAUGAAUGUUAUAAACUAGGAAAUUCUUUGAAUGAGUAAUAAACCGAUUAUAUCUAUCAAGAGUAACCAAGCGUAGGUUCACGUUGGCCAGGGCUAAAAUCGCAAGACCAUAUAUGACAUCUUUACUUUGAUGAAUCGUUCUUUUGCGCUUAAAGUUAUUUUUCUUUUUCGCAGGAGAAAUUUAUGCAGACGCCCUGGAAAGUGUGACGCCUUAGGUAAACGUAUUGUUAUAUUGUGAACAGCUACACGAAUACUUCCAGUGUGGACUAGAACAGCAUUUUCUUAUUUAGUAUCACCCACUUAAAAUAAAGAUAUCGGGCGGUGGGUCUAAUAAUUGUCUUAAACUGCGGCCUGAUUUUCUAGAUUUCGACAAGCCCAUGUGAACGUCAUGACUGUUUUCUAACACUAGUCUUUUUUAUUUUUUUAGGUCUUUCGGAGAUUGGAACAAUGUGCUCCCCAGGGCGAAGCUGUGCUUUAGCAGAAGACAGCGGACUGGGGACAGCGUACACUAUUGCACAUGAGUUAGGGCACGUGUAAGUACCUUAUAUGAAGUAUCUGGAACAUGUGUGAGUACAGAUGCCGUAUGAAGUGGAAUGUGUUGCUGUCUAUCACAUUGUCUGCGUUGAAUAGCUCCGAGCCUUUUUGUGUUAAGUGACCGAGUUUUCCAUUUAGUUGUCGUUUAAUAUAUUGUCAUAUCUACCAGGAAAAAAAAAUAAGAAGUUUCAUGCUAGUUUCAUUCUUAACAAUUUCUGUGGACUUUCUUCUUUUUCAAAUUGAUGGUUUUCACAGUUACGUCAUCAGAUUGCAAAGUCAAAAAAGCGAGGUUUUACUAAUUCUUAUUUACACUAGGUUGAAGAUAAAUAGAAAAUAAAUUUUGUACAAAUUUAAGCCCCAAAGCGCGUUUCAUUUCGAAAAUACAGCUAUUUGAACUUCUCAGUUUUCACAGAGCGUGACACCAAAAUAGGAAUGCCGUCUCAUUGAAAAAAGUCUCUUGAUUUUCAGCAGUUUAACCAUUUCAAGUUAUGUGUAUUAAAAUGUGUGUUUAUGCGCACGUAUGCUAGCUCUCGAGUGAAAAGGCAGACUUUUUAUAGAAAAAGUGAACUCCAGAUGUUUUUGUUGAUUUCCGGCGGCCAUAUUGGUGGACUGUUUCUGUCCACUAAUAUGGCGUCUCCAUCCAAAGCUCAGAAACUGUGGGCCACAAAGACCUGAGAUUUGGACAAAUUGUUUACAUAUCAGUCUUUUAUAACAUUUCAUUUUCUUGGCCUUUUCCACUGGACGGUUGGUUUCCAAUUCAUUUUUUUGCGCUGUGUUUAUUGAGUUACAGUGAAAACGAAGAACACUCAUUUGAAAUAGGUCAACUUGAAUGUGACCUUUGCCAUAGACGUUGUUCUAGAUGGAUUCUAAAUAGGAGGUUCCUUGAUAUUUUCCCUUUUUUAUGUUAAAGUUAUUCAGUUGCAUUUCUUCGGUUCUGUCGGUAGCCUGAGAAAACAGCCGGCAUUUGGUGGCGUCGCGAAAUGUCGCCUGUUUUCUGGGGCUAUUCUGUCGGUCUUUUCGUUUGUUUCCGUGUUUAAAAAGCAGAAUAUCUUAUUUCCCCGCAGUUUUAGCCUCCCUCAUGAUGGCGAUAACAACCAGUGCACUCGGAGUAGAGGAGACCAGCGCCUCAUGGCUCCGUCCCUCAGUUUCGAUACAAAGCCUUGGUCUUGGUCCAACUGCAGUCGAGAUAAAAUCACCCAGUUCUUGGAGUAAGUUAAAGAGAACCUUUUCUUUAGACUACGAUAUUUAUAUUAAUAUCAUAGGUGACGAAUUACUCCUUAAUUUUGGCGCGAAAUUUCAGCGUUAAUUUGUAAUUUCACAUGUGAAAUUACAAAAUUGCCAUGGAAACCUUCCGCACGUCUCAGUGUCAAGAUGGCGACGAAGUUUUAAAAUGUCAUGAAUGAAGAUGUCAGGGUACAAAAAGACGCUUUAGAAACCUGAACACACGAAAGAGCACAUCAAGAAGGAUUCUAACAGGUAUUUUGUCGAAAAACUCUGAACCUAAGCCAAAUUUAAGCUCUAAACGUUCGAGAGAGUGCAGGAGCUCUCGAUCGAUACGAUCCAGGAUAAACUUGUCAAAAAUCCAAGAUUGCUAACGCAAUUCGUCACCCAUGACAUUAAUAGGUAAUCAAAUGGUAUACUCGUGAAAUUAGGGAAUAAUUUCACUCGCGUUUUGUCCAAAUCCUAAUAAUUUCCCUCGCCUAAAGGCUGGUGAAAUUAUACAGAUUUGGAUAAAACGCGCGUGAAAUUAUUCCGUAAUUCCACUCGUCACCAUUUGAUUACAUAUACAAAUCUAAUGAAUGAUUUUCCACCAAUCGGAUUCUCAUGUUUUGCGCACAGGAUUAUGGGAUUGCCAGGGGGCAAACAUUGCGAGUCGCUACAAAGAAUUGUAUGGCGUGGAGUUGUUUCUCCGUUAAAAGCAGUGUCUUUGGGCAUAGAAUGCCGCAUUUUGCCGUGAUUUUAUGUGAAACGGAGGUGACUAAUGUUGGUGCGUUGAAAUUUUAAGUUUCUGUGUGAUUAAUGCGAUAAAUUCUAUCGAUAAACACUCCUUGCGUGAGGUUGAGUGUGAAAUUUAUGUUUACUGAAUUUACAUAGUGAUCUACAUGAAGAAAAGGACUCGAAAUAUAAAGUGCAAAUUUAGGUAUACAUGUAGGGGGAUUGGCUCAUUUAAGCUUUUUAGUUUUUAGUGUGGUGAUAUUUACAACGAGUGCAACUACGCUCGGCCCGCUCAUUUAUACCUCGUAAGUUAGUACUAUAUUUCGAGACCAUUCAGUAAAUUUCACAGUCGACCUUUCGCAAGGAGUGUUUAUCGAUAGAUUUCAUCGCAUUGAUCCCACAAAAACUUACAAUCAACGCACCAACAUUAGUCGCCUCCGCUUCUCACAAAAACACGGCAAAAUGCGGCAUUCUCUGUCCAAAGACACUGCUUUUAAGCGGAGAAACAGCUCCACGCCAUGCAUUUCUUUGUAGCGACUUGCAAUGUUUGCCCCCUGGCGAUCCCAUAAUCCUGUGCGCAUAACUAAGUCUCCGAUUACCGGAAAAUUACCAUCACAAGCAACAAACCUUGAAACACAGAAACGCGCAAAACGGAUCCAAAUCUACCAAUCACAAAUCACAAACCAUGACCUUUUGAACCCGUUAAAGUAAAGUUUUGUUUCCUAGGAGGUCCGUUAAGAUGAUUGACGGCAGCGAAAAACGCAAUCGUCAGUUGGCUUUUGAACUUCAGAAUUCGCAUGUUUGUGAAAAGCGCAGUAAGGUCCAACGACGCGACGGCAACAAGAACGUCGCUUAAAAAGUGAAUUUGCGUUCUUCCAAUCUUUAUAGCGUUUAUUCGAUCCUACCCACUUACUUUUCAAUUGUAGGCGAACCCUCCUAAAGCUGAAUUUCAAGGGACCAUAUUUAAGCUCAGAAACAGAAAUAAAAUUUCGUCUUUGCUUGUUUACCUUCUCCAUAAAACACGAAAUUAGGCAUUUUCACGUCGUAGUCGUGCAAAAACGGGAAAGAAAUGUACAAAAAAGUGUACGUGAUGCACGUGCAAAGUUGUUGUUUUGCUUAGGCCCCAUCCACACGUAUCCGGAUUUUUGUAUCCGCAAAUCUUUUUAUGCGGAUACACCUAGCGUCCACACGUGUCCGCCGUAUACGCUCGAUGUAUCCGGAGAUUUCUGUAUACGCUCUCCAGAGUGGAAAUUUCUGCAUACGCUGUGAUCCGGAUACGUGUGGACGCUCGUAUCCGUAUAUUUUUGUAUAUGCUGACGUCACAGUAUCAGAACCAGUCUUUUUCCGCGCGAGAUUUGACUAAUCCUUUGAGAUGUCCGGAUGCGAAUCAGAUACGUGUGGACGGUCGUAUACGAUUCGUAUACACUACAUGUGGACGCAGAUAUUUUUGUAUUCGCAUAAAAAAAUUUGCGGAUACAAAAAUCUCCGGAUACGUGUGGACGGGGCCUUAUUGCCUAUUGUUUUUAUGACCUUCUCGUUGCCGUCCGCGUCGUUGGAUCCUAAAGUCCCUAUUAACAGCAAACAACAGGCACGCAUUUUCCAUGACCCUAAGAACCCUUGAUAAUUUAGUCCACUCAUGGUUAGUCUAAUUCUUCAUAUUUUUAUUUUUUUUAAAAAUUGAGUUAUUUUAAUUGUCGCAUAUUUUUGCCGUUUGCUAAGGUUAGGUUAUGGUUCGUGCCUUGAGGACAAACCACUCGAAAAAGCAGAACUGAAAUAUCACGAUACACUUCCUGGUGAACUCUACAGUGUGGACCAACAGUGCAAAAUGGUUUUUGGCGAGAACUCAUCCCUUUGUCCUUUUAUGGUUAGUACUUCACGCAAGGCACCAUUAGUUAUAUUCUCCCGUAGCAUCCAGUCUGUACUCUGUAUACUUCUGGUGCCAAUGGGACUAAUAUGUCAAAAAAUCUAUAUAAUCUAAUUUUCAUCGAUCCUUCAAUCUCCUGGUCUUUUUGUUUGAUUCAGUAUUCGUAACUAAGUAAUGUGUAAGGGUAGAUUUAAUGGCUACUCUUAGGGUAUGAUUACUGAUUAUUCGUCCUGUAUUGUUCCUCUUUUUCCCUUUCCCCCUUGGUUUCGACCCUACGGCAAAUCAUUUCUCUAUCUUUAACAUUAAAAAAAUGGUUGGUGUCCUGUCACUCAAGAAAAUCUCAGGAACGCAAACAUAUCUAUGGGCAACAGAAAAGCCCUUCAAAAAUAAAAACUAACAGUAUAAAAAGAGGCUUUGGUCUAUAUCAUCUAGAUACUUUAAUUGAGAGUAGUUAUUCUCAGUUCAAGUUGAUUUCUCUUUUUUGCCUUGAAGGAACCUUGUCAGCGACUUUGGUGCGUAAAAAUGAUCAACAACCGAAGGGGAUGCUCCACCCACCAUAUGCCUUGGGCAGACGGAACCCCUUGUGCGAAGAAGAGUGUAAGAAUAAAUUACUCUUAAGUUUACUCACUUCCUCAAGGCACCCGUGCACGGUGGCAUUUGUUCCAGUUGCCACACAAACAUAAUGCAUUACCUUGAUCCAUAUGUGUCAUAUUCUUAAUUUUUGCCUGUUGGUGGAAUUCUAUUAAUAGCUUGUGAUCAUGUGGUCCUUCUUCCCCUCUUCCAUUGGCCCGUUUGCCGACUUUCGCCCCACCUCAGAAAACAAUAAAGAAGAAGAACGACUGAUCGUAGGUUACCAUUCAAAUAGCCUGCACAAUCCUUUGGUAUAGUCAUUUUGCUGUACAAGUAGGUUCUAAUUUUUCAAGUCCGUGGAUAUGAUCGUUUUAGAAGAAACGUUUUCAUUGCAAUGCUGUGUAUAAAAUACUAACCUAAACGUUUGAGCAUGGCUCUUCCAGUACGUCAAAUGAUUUUUGCUAACAGUGAUUGAUGUCGAUAUGAGAACUUUAAUAAGAUUAGUAAUAGAGAUGCCCUCUACACCAGCAUGACAUGGCAAACGGUUGACUUGAUAAAUGUAAAGAUUAACUUAAGCCGAUAGACACUUGAAUUAUUCGAAUGUCACUAAUUCAGGGAAUAGAAAAUUCUUUGUGUGAGUAGUAGCGCUUCAGCAAACUUAACCUCGUUGGUGCGUUCCCUUUGCGUUCCGUGUGCGUUCCCUUAAUUAAUAGGCAUAAGGGUCUAUGACGUCACCCAUUGUUUUAUCCUAGAGAAAAAAAAUGCGUUCCUCCAUAUUAAUUAAGUGCCUAGUCAGUGUCUUCCUGUAUACUAAUUCGGUAUAGGUUUACUAAUGAGCGUCUCUCUACUUCAAUAGAAACAAUAGGCUUGCCUGGACUUGCCGGUUAAGUAACUUGAGCCCGGUUUUCGGACCGUCUAUUAAAAGGAAAAUAGGAAUAAGAGAAGCGAUCACCUAGCAACGCGAGAAACGGCUUCAAUGUUUUACUUACCCCUCUCCCUUUUCAAUUAUAUUUCUCUCCUCAAUUUUCUUAUCUCCUUCGCCACAAUUUUAUUAUUUUCCCUCCUCAAUGUUUUUUAUUCCCCUCCGCCACCUCCACUUCCACCUCCUCAUUUCUAUCAGUGCAGUGGUGGUGGUGGCGGUGGUGGUGGUGGAGAGAAAACAAUAGAAAUGAGGAGGUGGAAGUGGAGGUGGAGGUGGGGAAUAAAAAACAUUGAGGAGAGAAAAUAAUAAAAUUGUGGAGAAGGGAAUUAAAAAAAAUUGAGGAGAGAAAUAUAAUUGAAAAGGGAGAGGGGUAAGUAAAACAUUGUGCGCAAUGUAAAAAGAAAAAAGGGUGGCUUGCUUUCUUUGACUGUUUUAAUAGAUUUCUUUCAAAUCACUGUGUAUUUGACUCUUUUUGUUUUAAACGGUAUCUCGUGUCUGAUUUUAUUGCUAGCAAUUGUGAGUCGCGUGUUUUAAUUGAUCCUUGUUAAGUUUGCUGAAGCCCUACUUUUCAUACUUGUAUGAACGGCAAAGUUGCAACAAGUCGCAAUUACGAUUUAUCACGUGCACUUGCAAACCUCAAGAACCUCGCAUUUUAAACAGUAGUAAUUCGAAGGUCCUCAAAGUUUUAAGGGCUCAGUAUAAAACAGAGCGUACCAUGCUUCCCAAGUAGGAGUUAUUAACCUUUUCAUUUCCAAUGGAACUUCCUAAAGACAAUUUCAAGAUAGACGUCAAUUGCUUGUACAUUUUGCGUAAUAUGGAAAAUGAUUUGCACUGUGAAAAAGUAUUACUCAAGAAGUUUCAUUAAUUAAAAAUGAAACAUAUCCAUGCAUCAAUCCACGCAUCAAAGGUAAGAGUUAGCCGGAAACAUGUCUUUUUAAUUGACCCUGGAUACGGGGUGAUGCUCAGUUGAAAACUUAAAAAAAUAGCUUAUGCAUGGAUCAUGUCAAGGUUUUCAUUCGAUACUUCCAGAUCACGAACCAGUUUACACGUCGGUGUUACAUUAAUAAACCGCUUGAACUUCUUCAAAAAGUCUUUCAGGACUAACGAUCCUGUUUAAACACUCUUAAAAACCACUAUCUGUUCUGUUAAGUACUUGGCCAAGUUGUUUUCCGAUUUUGCAAGUGCUCAGAAAACAGAAAUUACUGAGUUGCUACUGUUUUCGAUCUGUCAUCCCCGGGUUCUUGAUUCAUCUAGUGUUUCCAAAUAUUUCUUAUAAAGGUUCUCUUGCUACCGUUGCAGGGGUGACCGUUUCUUUAAAUUUCACUUAUCAACAUGCUGGAAUUUACUAAUCAAAAGUUUCAGGAAGAUUUUCAUUAUUUUUUCGGUUCCUAUUAUACCCCUUUGCCCAUUGAGAAGAUCUGAUAAACAGGCAAAAUGGCAUUGUCGGGUGCUUGAAAGAAUACCAUUAACGCAAGAUUAAGCUGAAGAUUGUCGGAGAAGCUUCUUUAGAUGUCUUGCUAUGUUCUGCAAUUACUUUAGCUUUUCGUCUACUACAUUCCCUCUCUAUGAGUCCUUAUUAACGCUUUCACUCUCAGAGUAGAUGAUGCGCUCCUGCAAGGUGGCUCGGACUUGCAGUCUGUUGAUCAAAAAUUGGUGUAACCAUUCAAAUGAAACCUCUUUCAAUUGGUAGUAUUUUCACAAGGGACUAUUUGAUUUGCAGAAUUUUUCAAAAUGAAAUUUAGAACUUUUGUUGAAUUUUUACUUGGCAGUGAAACGGUGAAGAUUCAACAGUGAACGAUCGCCUGUGAGCCUGUCAUCACCAAACAUUUAUGAAAAUCUGAACAACUUCCCAUUAUGUUGUUUUUCGAGUUUUACGCGGCCAUUUUAACAAGAUUAAAGUUCCGAAACAUAUCGUUGUUGAAUGACUCUUUCCAACGUUCCAUCAGUUUGUUGAUCUUUAACAUAGCAGAACAUAUAAUUUCCUGUCUUUUCUUUUAGAAUGCAUAUUGCGUACUUGACUACUUGACCCCCUCAAUAACAAUCACGCGAGCGAAAUUUUCCAGUUUAAGUAAUUAAAACAUAAAAAUAGCUUUCUGUCCGAGCAAUGAGGGAAUACUUAAAUUGUUUCUAAAUGUUACUUGUGAUAUUUUAAUUGACACCUUGAAGGCCAUGAUACGUUUUUGUAUUUCUUUCUUUUAUUGUCCUUGUUUUCUAUACCACGAAGACCACGGCCUCUGAUUAGCAAUUAAAAAACAGUUUGUGCAAUUUAAUUGAUCAAUUUGUUUACAAUCUUAAGAGAUUCACUUCCCGAAUAGGUCAAAUUGAGUAAUGACUAACAAGUGUUUUCCUUUUGGAUUAAAAUGGAUAAGAAGAACGUGUAAACACCUGGAAAACUUCCCUUUUGUAGGAACGAAUAUCUCAGCAAAGUGACGUAAUCAAAUUAGAAGGACGAUGUAAACAAUUUAUGUCAUUUUCCGAUAAUUCCUUAUUUGGUUCGCCCUACAAAUUUCGGUAAAAGCCACAGAAGGGAUCAGUAAAUCAAAAUGUAGUUUUGUGCAGCAAAGACAAUUCUCCUAACCCCGUAAACUAAAGAUAAACAUUGAUAUAAACUCUACUUAUGUAUCUUCCGUAAUAUGACUAAAUUCGCUUUGUUGGCUUCUCUCCAUGUUCGGGGUAUUCAAUAGGCCCUUUGCAGCUAGCCAUUUACGUGGUACAAAACCGCCAUGCUGGAGAGCAAAAGUGUCACUGGGAUAAGACAAACAUAGAAAAUUACCAUUUAAAAUUAUGUAUGCUUUUUGUUUGUCUUGUGCCAGUGCGACUUUUGCUCUCCAGCAUGGCGGCUUUGUACCACGUGAAUGGCUAGCUGCAAAGGGCCUAUUAAAGUGGACUGCGUGCUAAUUACCUUUUUAAGUUUCUAUUUGCUAACAAUUGCAUAACAGUUGCUAACGUGAUAUGUGCGGUAAAAAAAGCCUCAAAUAGUCUCGUUCCGGAGUAGAAUUUCGUCCAGAGACUCAAGUCUCAAUACAUAUGACCUUUGCAUUCAAAUGAAACCUUUGCAACCAUGUUAGUAUUUGAAGUUCAGUAUUCUACAAAAUGGAACUGGAGAUUUUACUUGAAUUCUAGGCAAAGCACAGUGAUGUUUAGUUAAAUGAUUUCAAGGGGAUUCUCUUUUGCGUACUAAACCAACGGGCUUAUAGAGCUGGCUUCGAGUAUCUUGCUCAUCAUCAUCAUCAUCAUCAUCAUCAUCAUCAUCAUCAUCAUCAUCAUCAUCAUCAUCAUCACCAUCAUCAUUACAUUCACUACUCCUAGUAUCAUAAUUGUUGCUGACUCCCUGUGCAAUAAACAACGUUCCUUAGGUACAAGUCCUUUUAAAACGACCAGAGAUGUUACUCAUUGAAGGAUCUGCUUCAGGUUUAUGUUUUGUAGUCAAUUCCUUCACUACUAGCUAACGAUGCCCAGUUAAACUCAGCCUGUAAAAAUUAUCACAAAACACUUCUUCCAUUUUGUUUAUAAGUUUUUUCAUUUUCUAGUGGUGCAUUCGAGGUCAAUGUGUGAAGAAGCAAAGGCCGAAACCUGUGGACGGUAACUGGGGUGUGUGGGGUCCCUAUCAAGAAUGUACAAGGAGUUGUGGCGGAGGAAUAGCUUUUUCAUACAGGGAAUGCAACAAACCAUUGUAA